AAACGUCAAUUGUCAAAUUGAACGUGGUCACUUGAGAUGAUUAUUAUUACUUACCUGUAAAUGUAUGGUGAAUAUUAUUUACAUAAUAAUAUUUUGUAAUUGAAAUUGAAAAUAAUCGUUUUAUGUCAAAAUAGGAUUGAUUGAAGCGAUGGGUAAAACUUCAAAAGAUAAACGUGAUAUUUACUAUAGAUUAGCUAAAGAGGAAGGUUGGCGUGCUCGUAGUGCAUUCAAAUUAUUACAAAUCAACGAAGAACACAACAUCUUUGAGGGUGUGCUUCGCGCAGUGGACCUUUGUGCAGCACCGGGAAGUUGGAGUCAAGUUUUAACAAAGAGUCUUCGCCAGAACGCUGCAAAUGUAGACGAUGUCAAAAUAGUCGCUGUCGAUUUACAAGCGAUGGCCGCAUUGCCAGGGGUUAAACAAAUACAAGGCGAUAUAACUAAGGUGUCUACUGCUAAUGAAAUAAUACAAGAGUUUAAAGGACUCAAAGCCGAUUUGGUUGUUUGCGAUGGCGCACCGGAUGUGACAGGUUUACACGACAUAGAUGAAUAUGUACAGUCACAGUUGCUGCUAGCUGCUUUGAACAUCACUACUCAUGUCCUUAAAGUCGGUGGAGUAUUUGUCGCAAAAAUAUUCAGAGGAAAGGAUGUAUCACUCCUGUAUUCACAGUUAAAACAGUUCUUUGAAUAUGUUACAGUGACAAAGCCAAAAAGUUCGAGAAAUUCUAGUAUAGAAGCAUUUGUAGUUUGCCAAAAUUAUAGUCCCCCAAGUGGGUAUAUACCAAAUAUGGUUAAUCCGCUCUUGGAUCACAAGUACUGUGACUUCAACCAAUUCACAGGUCCUAAUAGGUUUAUAGUGCCUUUUAAUGCAUGUGGAGAUCUGAGCGCAUAUGAUUCUGACACAUCAUAUCCAUUGAUCCUGGAGGGUCAGACAAUGUAUGAAUAUAAGGAACCAGUCCAAGAGCCCAUCAACCCACCAUAUAAGGACAUCAUAGACAAAACAAAAAAAUUACAAAUAAAGAAUUCAUAACACAUCA